GGUAAAAAGAUAAAAGCAGUUAGUCAAGGAUGGCGGGGGAGAAGGAGUAUGAACUCGCCAUCGAAGGCCGCAGAAAUACUGCCGCCGCAGCUGCCGCCCAAAGUGACCCGAAUGGGCUUAGUCUGGAGAAGCUCGAAGGUUCCAUAUUAAUGGUUCCCACAUCGCCCGUUCGCGGCCUUCAAACCACUGCAUUUGGUUAAACCCUCCAGUUUCACCUUUCUUUGGUUUAAACUUCCAUUCUCGCACCAUGUUCCCUACCGCCGCCCGUCUCUCCCAGGCGGUUCGUGUCACCCUCUUCACUCGUGUCAACUGCGGCCUGUGCGACACAGCCAAACACACCGUAACGCAGUUACACAAACGGCGGCCCUUCAAAUACUCCGAAUUGGACAUCAUGGUCCCUGCCAACAAACCGUGGAAGGAUGUCUAUGAGUUCGACGUCCCCGUCUUACACGUCCAGUCAGUCAAGGGUCCCGGAGAAGCCGACCUCUCCGACCCAAAGAAAUUAUUUCAUCGGUUCACCGAGCAAGAAGUUGAAACACUGGUCGAUGAGGCCGAGAAAGCGCAAUCAUGAAAUCUAGAUUGCAUAGAGCGUAUACCGGCAUUUUCCCUUAAACCGUUUACCGAAUACUGUCUAUCCUAAGACUUUCCUCGAUGCUCCGGGUAUCUCCCGACGCUGGAGACUAGUAUUUGGGGACGGGACAGCGGCUUUGGCCUCAACUUCACGGUCUCCGCGGUAAACAUCAAUAGACUAUAUUGCUACAACAGUCCUAGGUAAUUUUUAAGGGUAGUCAAGGGAUCGUCGCGCAGUUCGAACAAUUAACAAGACCCCAACGAUCUUCUCGACUUCGGUCUUUUUGCCGUCAUUUUGGAUUUGUACGAACACACUAGCUUACGAUCUCAAAAUUAAGAGCAACGGAUUACUGGCCUUGCUU